UUGUGUUGAACUUUUUCAGGGGAAUGGGAGUUCUCAUUCUUUCCCCCUCCCGAACUUUCCUUGCUUUACACGAGAGGCAUGAGCAGAAUCAGUGUGACGGCCCGGCCCUGAAGACAAGUCAGAAGGGCUGAGUUCAACAGAGCAGAGGGAACCAGCCUGGACCUCUAGCUGCAUGAUUUCUCCAUUCAGCCCGAGGGAGCCAGGUGUUGUUUGAGGCUCAGCGUGCUGAAAGGUCCCCCCCCCCCCCCCCCUCCACCUGAAAGAUGACUCAGUCGGUGCAAGUUAACCCAAAGCUGCCUGAUUUGCCCUCUCCCUUUCUCUACUCCAGUCAAGAGCAAGUGGACCCACCGCCGUCUUACUCGGUGCAAACGCCGUAUGGGUUCCAGCUUGAUCUGGACUUCCUGAAAUACGUGGAAGAGAUCGAAAACGGCCAUAACAUCCGCAGGGCGGCUGCCGGGUCUCGUCGUUCCGGACGGGGGCUGAAAACCUCUCAGAGAUGCGUCGGGGGACGCGCCAGCGGUUGGACGUCCACCGAGUCGCUUUCUUCUCCCGCUAGCGAGGAUGGCAGGGUGCCCCCCCUGCCGCCGCCAAGAAACCGCCUUGGCUCCGCACCUUGUGAAGUGCUUUCUCUAUCCCCCGUGAGCCUCCUCAAUGUCCCCCCACUUUCCGCAAGUGCCAAAGUCCCGCCCCCUCCGCCACAACGCAACCCUAGAGUCGAGCGAACUCUUCUGGAAACCAGCCGGCGACUGCAGCAGGAACAAGGUCAUCCCAACGGCGGGCGAUUCCAACUGGCGGAUCCACCCAAGCAGCUGUCCGCCGCCUCGGCGUCGAGCCAGCCUCUGCAGAGCGGCUGGACUAAACCCAGUCCUCAAACAUCCGGACUCAACACUCCCGCUACUGGCACGGCAGCCACUCCGGUUCCCCCCAGCCAACUGCAGACAGUCCGAGAGCAGAUGGCCACGGCCUUGAAACAACUGAAGGAGAUGGAGGAACGAGUAAAAGGUGUUCCGGCUCUAGAAAAAGAGGUCGCUGAGCUUCGUGCCGAGAAAGAUGUGCUGCUCUUAGCGCUUAAGGAGAAGAAAGAAACCGUGGAUGUGAGUCCACAGUUGGUGGAAUCUUCUAGCCAAACCACAGAGACCUCCCAGAGUCCAUUAAGGUGCCCGGCCUCACCCGGUCACAAAGGCCGUGGAAAAUCUGAGGAACUGAAAAAGCUUGCCGAGAAGUUUGAGGGGAAGGACGAAAGUCCGGCAGACCUUUCGUCAAAAGUUGUAUUGAAGGCUCGUGGGAAGCCAUCUGUUGACAAGAAGACGGUGGCUGUGGGAGAUGAUCGGCCCAUGGACUCACUUGUUUUCUAUUACAGCCACGGUGUGAAAGAUGCCGCCGAAGGAACCGAGCUCCGUGUUUGUGAGAAAGCCACGGGAACUGAAAACCCCGUGCUCCUCGAGGAAGGAACACAGGUCGGAGCGGAGACGGCCGAGGCCGAGGUUUGGGUUAUGGAGUCGCUCCUUGGGCUAACAUCUGAUGCGCAACGGGAGAUGGACACCUUACAGGACACCGUCAAAUUCCAGCAGGAGACCAUUACGAGUCUAGAGAGCCAGCUGAGCUUAGCGGACAAAGAUCUGGGAAGUCUCCGAGCACAGGUUGAGGAGAUAGCGUUAAAGGUCACGUUUGAGAGGGGGGUUCUCGUCAAGCCGGAUGUUAAGGAUGCCCAGAUGGAGACCACGUCCACAACUCUGAAGGAGGCUUCCGUGUCAUGCUGCCCAGUUGUAGUGGAUGUAUGUGUAGGUAACGGCUUUCCAGCAGACCUGGUCCAGCAAGGUACCCAAACGGAUGCCAAGACCACAUCAGAAGAACCGGUUUCUGUCGUGAUGGCCACCGUUGGUUGCCAGUACGAAGACGUGCUUGAUGAUAAGAUUGAAGACCAGAAAGUUACUGUGUUAAAGAAGAGACAGUUGACCAUCAAUGAUUAUAAGCUCAUUCCAGAGGAGAUGGUCAAUAUGUCUGAGGAGACCGAGGAUGACAAAGGAGACAGAAAGACGGCCAAGACAGGUAUGCUGAAAUCAAUCAUGAAGAGGAAAGAUGCCAAUGGCGCAGGGGAAAAUCGUACAACGGGCAAGAAGAGCUUGCAGUUUGUUGGCAUUUUAAACGGAGGGUAUGAAUCCACAUCCAGUGAAGAAGAGGACGAGGAGGAGGAGGAGGAGGAGGAAGAGGGAAGCUCCUCUGAAGAAAGCGGCGAGGGCGACUGCAUAGACAGCUCGGAGGAGGAUGAAGUGGAUCUGGGGGAAGAAACAUCAGAGGAGGAAAGAAACAUCAAUCUGGAUGAGAGCGACACUGACGAGGAAGUUCAAAGAUCAUCCAACGGGCCACCUGAUGGCGUCAAAGAGAAGUUUGAAUUGAGCUCCAAAAUGCGCGAAGCUUGCCUCAUUCUCAAGAAUCACCUCAACGAUGACAUCCAAACACUGAAGAGUAAAGAAGUGCUUGCCAGCACUCACAUGGUCCAACUGGAGUGGUUCCGGGUUUCCAGCGCCAAAACGGCUCAGCCGCCGCGGGUGUCCGACUACCUGAUGGCGUUCUCCGAGGUGUCGGCGCUGCUGCUGGAGCAUGUGGUCAACAUGACGGAUGGCAACGGCAACAGCGCUCUGCACUAUAGUGUCUCUCAUUCCAACUUUGGAGUUGUUGAUCUGCUGCUGGACACAGGCAUGUGCUGUGUGGACAAGCAGAACAAGGCGGGCUACACGGCCAUCAUGUUGGCAGCUUUGUCCACGGUGAAGGAGCACGACGACAUGUCUGUGGUCAAGAAGCUCUUCAGCAAGGGCAACGUCAACGCCAAGGCCAGCCAGGCAGGUCAGACGGCGCUGAUGUUGGCUGUGAGUCACGGCCGUCAGGAAAUGGUGGAAGCGCUCCUGGAAUGCGGCGCCGACGUCAACGUGCAGGACGACGAAGGUUCCACGGCGCUGAUGUGCGCCAGCGAACACGGCCGAGCCGAGAUCGUCAAACUGCUCCUGGAGCAGCCCGGUUGCGACAUCUCCGUCGUUGAUAAUGAUGGCAGUAAUGCUCUCUCCAUCGCACUGGAGGCUUCUCACAACGACACCGCUGUGCUGCUCUACGCUCAUAUGAACUAUGCAAAAACGCCGUGUAGUUUGGGAAGCCCAAAGGCGCCAAGGAGCCCGACCAGCAGCCACAAGUCAUGGCCUGCAGAGUAACAUGGCCCAUGACAGCAGAAAAAAACUGGAUCUGGGCUGUGAAAGGCACCACUGGAAAAAGUCUCAAUAUAUUUAUGUGUUGUAAUACGCCCUGCAUUUAAAGUAUUGUUAAUAUGAGAAUUAUUUUUACAUAAAGAUUAUUGUCCUUGACUAAUGAGGUUCUUGCAUGUCUGUUACUCGAGAUUGUAUUAUUUGCACUCCACUAACAUUUUCUACUCGAUGGGCUCUACGCUGCCAAUUUUAUGUUGAAUUUCAAGAAGCUACAAUUCCUUGAGAAAGUUCACGUGAAUGACGCAAGUCAAGGUUGGCGCUCGCUCAGCAGAAUUACCAAAGAACUCCACUAUUGAUGAACUACAACUAAAGUGAUUGUGGUGAUUGUAAAAAAAACAAUGUCAAAUAGCUAAAUAUCAUCUCUUAAAUAAAAAUCUCAUGAGAUAUUU